AUGGCCGAACCUCUCCACGACAGUCCGGCGCCAGCUUCGUCUUCCCCCCGGGGCCCCGAUGCGCCACCCUUGAGCGCGGAUUCCGGUCAAUCGGCGAACUUGGAUAUCCGUCCAGGCCCGCCGGCCAUGUCCGAGGAAUUGAAAGCUCGUCUGGACAAAGUCAUCUACUCAGAUAUCGGCAUUACCACUCUCCUGACCCGGCUGAAACAAAGCGUCGCUUCCGCAAGGGAUUUCUCGACGUUCCUGAAGAAGCGGUCCAGUUUGGAGGAGGAACAUGCGCAAGGACUAAGGAAACUCUCCCGCUCUCUUUACGAUGCCGCGCACCGUUCCGAUAAUCGCCAGGGCACCUACGGCCAGAGCCACAAUGAUUUAAACCGUUUUCAUGACCGCAUGGCCGACCAUGGACUUCAGUUCGCCGUGUCCUUGCAGCAGAUGGCCGACGAUCUGCAUGAGCUGGCAUCGAACAUCGAGCGGGGUCGCAAGCAGUGGAAGCAAACCGGUCUGAAUGCGGAGAAGAGAGUAUUGGAAGCGGAGGCGUCGGCCGAGAAAGCGAAGGCCAAGUACGAGUCCCUGGCGGAGCAAUAUGAUCGCGUCAAGACGGGCGACAAGGCCGGUGGGAAGUUUGGCCUGAAGGGACACAAGUCGGCUGCGCAGCAUGAGGAGGAGCUGCACCGCAAGGUACAAACUGCGGAUUCGGAUUACGCUGCCAAGGUACAAGCGGCGCAGGCAGCUCGACAGGAACUGGUUUCCACCCACCGGCCUCAGGCCGUUCACGCCAUGCAGCAAUUAAUCUCGGAAUGCGAUUCGGGGCUCACGCUGCAGCUGCAGAAAUUUGCUACUUUCAAUGAGAAGCUCCUUCUGGGACAAGGUCUCUCCAUUAGCCCGCUGAAGGAUGGAACCAACACCGCCCUCGCACCGAAGAGUCUCUACGAGGUCAUUCAGACCAUCGACAACCAGAAAGACUACAAUGAGUUCAUCCUGAGCCACGAGAAUAACCCCGCUGCGGUAGCCUCGGAACAAAUAAAAUAUCAACGUCAUCCGACUCUUGGUGGCUCAGCACCCGUCGUCCCGGCCUCUCAGCCCAGCUCGCAAAACAAGCGCAUGUCUAUGCUGCCUCAGUCCUUCUCUACGCAACAGCUCCCUCCAAGCCAACCUUCCUCGCAAUCCCCAGCCCCUAGCAGUCAACCUCAUCCCUACCCCCAGGGACCCGACUCGUACUCUUCGCCUUCGUUCCAACAGCCUCCGUACCCGACCAACUCGGGGCCGCCUGCUCCUGAGAAGGUCCCGUUAGAUGGUGCGCCCUCGGCCCCUCAGCCUAGCCCGCUGCCGCCACCGAGCAAUUCCUUCCAACAACACCUGCCGCCGUUGAAACCGGUCUUUGGGAUCUCCCUCGAUGAACUGUAUGAACGAGAUGGCACCGCGGUUCCUAUGAUUGUCUACCAAUGUUUCCAAGCAAUCGAGCUUUUUGGCCUGGACAUGGAGGGUAUCUACCGUAUCCCCGGCAGUACUAACCACAUUAAUCAGAUGAAAUCGCUCUUCGACAAUGAUUCAUCACAAGUGGACUUCACAAACCCCGAGAAUUUCUACCAUGACGUAAAUAGUGUUGCCGGCUUGCUGAAGCAAUUCUUCCGAGAUCUUCCCGAUCCGUUGUUCACCUCAGCUUUCUACUCGGACUUCAUUAAUGCCGCGCGUAUCGAGGAUGACGUCAAGCGUCGUGACUCGCUGCACGCCCUUGUCAACAACCUCCCCGAUGCACAUUAUGCCACCUUGAGGGCCUUAAUACUCCACCUGAACAAGGUCCAAGAACAUUAUACCCAGAAUCGUAUGAACGCAGGCAACAUUGCCAUUUGCUUUGGUCCUACUCUAUUGAGCGCAAGCACCGGCGGCAACAUCGCCGAUGCAGGCUGGCAGGUCCGUGUCAUCGAGACCGUCCUGGUCAAUACGUUCCAGAUCUUUGAUGACGAUUAG